AUGCUGUACUGGCGGUGUUUCCACAAACAAGUUGCCGCUCAGAGAAGUGCUGUUGCUGUUGCUGUUGUUUUUGCUGUUGCUGCUGCUGUUGUCAUGGUUGUUAUGGUUGUUAUGGUUGUUGUUGUUGCUGUUGUUGCUGUUGUUGUUGUUGCUGCUGUUGCUGUUGCUGUUGUUGUUAUUCUUGCUGCUGUUGUUGUUAUGGUUAUUACGGUUGUUAUGGUUGUUGUCGCUGUUGUUGUUGUUAUGGUUGCUUUUGUUGCUGCUGCUGCUGUUGUUGUUGUCGUUAUUGUUGCUGUUGUUGUUGUUAUGUUUGUUACGGUUGUUGUCGCCGUUGUUGUUAUUGUUACUUUUGUAGACAGAGAAACGAAGCCGAUAGUGAUAACUUACAAGAACAUGGCAAAAACGGCGCCCUAUAAGCGGAUCGAGGGAGCGUUGCCAGUCUAUGGAGCGCAGCCUGGGGAUGCUAUCGAUUUGAAACUCUCUGAGUUGCUGCAGCGGAGACCGGACCUCUCGGUGAUCUGCCGUAUACAGAGAGAGGUAGAUGAGCUCAGGAAUUUAUUCACUAAUCAUAUGAGUUUAUAUACGGGUUGA